CUCAUCAUGAAUUUAAACCCUUGUUGGGUUGGCUGCUGAAGCGAUCGAGGGUAGCAAAAUGUCGAGAUACAAUUUAGAUUGUAAAGUUUAUGUUGGUGAUUUGGGUAACAAUGCAUCUAAACAAGAAUUGGAAGAUGCAUUCGGAUAUUAUGGACCAUUACGAAAUAUAUGGGUAGCCAGGAAUCCACCUGGUUUUGCAUUCGUCGAAUUUGAGGAUGUAAGGGACGCGGAAGAUGCAGUAAGAGGUUUAGAUGGUAGAACCAUCUGUGGUAGGCGUGCUAGGGUAGAACUCUCUAGUGGAAAGAGUGGGGGUAGGUAUAGAGGACCUCCACCACGUUCUAGCAGAGGCCGCCCUUUUCACCCUGGCGAUCGAUGUUAUGGUUGUGGUGAUAGGGGACACUAUGCUCGAGAUUGUACAAGACAAAAAAGGGGAGGUGGUAGCAGCAGACGAAGGUCUAGGUCUAGAUCAAGGAGUCGUGGACGCUAUAAGAGAUCUCGUUCCAGGAGCACCAAGUCCAGAAGCCGUUCAAGGAACCGUUCUAGGUCCCGUUCUCAGUCGGCCAAAAGGAGCCGUAGUCGUUCUCCAGCUAAUGACAAGCGUUCGAGAACCAGAACAAGGUCUAGGAGUCGCUCAGCUCCUAAGCAAAAUGGCGACGAUCAUAAGGAUUAAUAAUCUUCUAAAUUUGUGUGAAAUAUUAAUAAUCUGUCAAUCGUUUUGAUAUUGUGACCUUCAGUUAAUCAAGAUGAUUUUUAUUCUG